AGUUGUGUCAAGAUGCUUCUGUUUUGGGUCACAAUACAUGUUCUUCUUCAUCAAGGAAAUACCUCGGCUCCUGUUGUCACUGUUCAACUGGGUCAACCUGUGACUUUGACAUGUGUUUUUACCAAGACCACUGGGAGCCUCGGUUGGGUUCACUGGUACAAGCAAACUGCAGGAGAUACUCUAAAAUUAAUUGUAAUGACACGUCCCAAUACAAAUCCCGAUUAUGGACCAGGAUUUAAAUCUGGAAAUUUCAACACAACAUAUUCCAACAAAAUGAGCAACUUGACGAUUCGGAAGACCUCCAAAGAAGAUGAAGGAAUGUAUCACUGUGGUCUUAUGGACUGGCUUGGUUCUUCUUGGAAUGGGUCUUAUUUAUUAUUAACAGGAAACAGUGAAACAACAUCAAGCUACCGUGUUGUUCAGCAGCCAGCUGUUUUGGAUCUACAUUAUAAAACCUCUGAGACUCUGCAGUGUUCACUUGUCUCUCAGACUGAGACAGAGACUUGUGCAGGAGAUCCCAGUGUGUUCUGGUUCAGAACCGGAUCAGACAAGAACUCUCCUGAUGUCAUCUACAGUGAUGGAAAAAUGCCUGAAAAUUGUGAGAAGACGUCAAACACUCAGAAGAAAUGCAGAUAUAAUUUCUCUAAGAACAUCAACUCCUCUGAUGUUGGGACUUAUUACUGUGCCGUGGCCACAUGCAAAGAGAUAUUUCUUGGAAAUGGAACCAGAAUCGAAAGCGCUCAUUCAUCCUGUUAUGAAGUUAUGUUGCUGCUGGUGAUCACAGGAAUCUGCUUGACCAUUUGUGUGAUUGUGAUUAUUGUUUUAAUCUGUUGCCGAACUCAAAGAACACCAUGCAAAAAUUUAGAGGUAAGUAUUAAUCAAACAAAUAGGAAGUUUAUUUCAAAAGAGAAAAAAAUGAAGAUAAUUUCAGAAUGCAUAUUACUUUUUAUACCAUGUGUCUAGAAAGCACAACACAAUGACAUGGACCAACCAGAUGAUAUUAUGAGUAAACACAUCUAAUUGUCUACAUAGUUUGUGAAUUCAAAAUGAAAAAAAA